UCAUUCGAGUGAUAAGAAUUGUUUAUCAAGUCUUAGUGCUUCCAGGCCAACCUAGAGCAGUUUCUAACUGAACCUCAUCAUGUCAGCCUGGGAUUGGUCGUCUUCCUCCUCCUCGUCUUCCUCUGAUGACGAAUGGGAGACUGAGCACAAAAAUGCUCCGAGAUACAAGCGUGGAGGCAAGUGGGUUCGGACCUCAGGGGACGACAUUCCUCCUCGUGCAAUGGAGGCCGGACAUGAUAAUGAAGGCCGACCUCUUUAUGUUGGUCGAGCACGUCACGAGGGAGGUCUAUUCCCAGGAAAAGUUAACCCUCGUCAUAACUGCUGUUAUAUACCCUGGGGUGGAGAGGAGCACUCUAAGGAAGAAUAUGAUAUCCUGGUUGCUCCUAGAAACUGUGACCUGACAUGGGUUGAUGCCUCUAACGGGCAUAUUCCAACCGGAGCUGUCCAGGGUGGGUUCAAUGAGAACAACGACCCCCUCUACAUUGGCAGAGCUCAUAUUGAAGAUUCAUUCGCAGUUGGAAAGGUGAACCCUGAGCAUGGUUGCUGCUAUGUUGCAUACGGAGGGGCAGAGCAUGCCAAGGAGCACUAUCAGGUACUGGUGAUUGACAGGAUGCGUCUGAAACACUAAACGAGGGACUGGCAUAACUCAAGAUUUAAACCCUGAGAAGAAGACGGCUAAUUUAUAAAAUUAAGUAUUUUCCUCUCUAAAUUCUAUUGUUAUUAAAUGUUAUUAAAUGUCAAGGAAAAAUUUGAAAUUUCUAUUUGAAUUGUUUUAAAAUUGUUUCUGAAAACCCGUCGUUGCUGUUCUGAGAUUCUAAGUAUCCUUUAUGAAACUAAGAAUAUCAUGUUAAAUAUAAAAUCUUGAAGUUAAA